CAAUCUUAUCUUUGUGACUCGCCACGUACGGUCCCGGGUUGCAGUUGACUUCCGUCUCUGAAGCCACAAAUAACAACAAUCUAGUACUGGCAGUAUGGCUGAAGCGAGCAGUACUACAGUCCCUAUCGUAGCCUGUUACUCGGAGCCUGCAGCUUCAGAGUCAUUCAUUCCGUCAAUGGCUGUACCAUCACUUGUACUGCCAGGUGCAAAGCAAGCAGGCGGCGUUUCGUCUCAGGUGCCAGACGACGGCCCCGUUCCGCUCUCGUUUCCUGCAAUCUUGCGCAACCCAAAGCUCGUGGAUCGGUAUGCCCACCUCCGCGAGCGCUCGGUCGCUGCACCCCCCAAGGCCUCUAUUUCUAAAGCACGCCGGGACGAACACGAGGGGAAGCGCUGGAUACGGAGGAGGGAAAAUGCUAAAUUUGUGGAUAACCCUCAUGUCGUGCCACCCUCGCACGGUGAUCAUGCGGUACCGGUCCCCUCAAAGCUCUCCACCUUUCCCAUCCCAUUACCUCCGUAUCUUCCUCGGUCAAUUGUGCUACCGUCUAGUGUUCCAGGUUCUCGGGAUCCUGCGAGUGCUUCUGCUGGACUGUUUUCCCUCUCACUGAAGGGCGCCCGGCGAGCAUUGAGGGCCAGGCCGGGCGCCCGGAAUAUAGUAGACGCGAUUGAGGGUCAUUUAUGCGCCUGGCUUGAGGGAGGGACGUACCCGGGAGAGGAACAGGGCAUUGUUUUUCCGGGGGAGAAAGUGGGAGGGAGGGAAGAUGUACUAGAGCUAAGCAGACGGCCGCUCGAUCUUGUGUGGGUUGUUGGGAAAGAUGGUGUGGAUGGUGCGUUUGAGAGGUAUGUAGUGCAUUGUCUGGCUCGGUGGUAUGGGGUUGUUAGCUUCAGUAAAGAGGUGAACGGCAAACGCCUGACAUAUCUACUGCGACCCCAAGUUACGCAAGUCACAGCCUCGAUAAUCGACACACCCCCUGCAACAGACAUUUCCCAAGUCGAUACCGAAUCUGAUUUCGUAUCUGACACUCACACGUCUGACCUGGGGUCCGAUUUUGCAUCCGACAUAGAACAUGAAGCACAUGCCAGAGAGCUCUCGGCCAUUUCGGAGGCACCUUCAUCACCCACGGCAUGGUCCGUAAUCGGUGGAUCAGACUUUGAAUUCGACGAAGGGUUCGCGGCGUCUGUGGAGUCGCUCUCCAUAGACGCGGAAAUGAAUGAUUUGGAGAGGACCCCACGCGCAGCUGACGUACGAGGCAGUGGCGGCGUAUACGUACGGAAUGCGCGUACCCGAUUUAGUGCGUGGAACAAGCCUCGGAGCGGGUCGUCACCAUCCAGGUCCCCUGCGAGGAGAGGGCCGUCUGCGCGAAGGGCCAUGAAGCAACAGGGGAAGAAAUCGGGGAGGAAAUCAGGGAAGGGGACGUUUUAUGAUUAUUUAUUUGCCUAAUGUAGCGUUGAAGAUCCUUUGUUCCCUGUGAUUAUCUAUAUCGAGCUUGAAUUCAGCUGGAAUACUUUGAUCAA